AACGCCGGCUGGACGAUAUCAAAUGUAGCUCCUGAGUCACGUAGAACCUUGCAACUGAUGCCAUUCACCGUCAUGUUAUAGGUGUAAGGCAAGAGUAAAUCGCUAUUUCAGUUAGCAAGUUCGUCAUAAUAUAUGGUACGCGGGAGUGGAAAGCAUAAACAUAGGAAGGCAGUGCGCCGUGCGGGGGCGAAGAGGACACCGACUCUUUGCAAAUACACGCGAGAGAACCAUCAUCAUCAUCGACGCCGAUUUGGGAGCGUCGACCGUGGCGCCUCGAGAAGCGUGGCGCGAGAGAGUGUGGCCAGUGGCGUGAGCAGUGCGCGUGGUUCGGCGGUCGACGGAAAACAGCUUCCUCGCUGGGCGUCUGGCCCAUAGGAGCUAUCGCCGACCGCGCCACUACGCCACACCUGAAGCAACACUGUCGCCCGCUGGGAGGUUACCUCGCCCCGCUCUUCCGCUGGGCACUGGUCCAGGAGGGCUGGCGGUCCGGAACCGGGGCGCUCGAGCGUUCGGGUGAGCGGCCACAGGGCUACCCCGCCAGCUGUCGACGCGACCCGGUGACUGCGGCCGGCUACCUGAGCCCGCGAGGCGGUCCGACCCGGCUGUCCGACCCAGCCGACCGUCCCGGCCGUCCUACACGGCUGUCCGACCCGCCGGCCGACACUGUUGUCCAACCCCGCUGGCCGGCAUCGGUUCAACCAGGUCUCAGACACGGCGACACACGCUUCAGCCGGAACUAAUAACCAUGUAUGAGUUAAAACGUCUACUUCUGGCUACAGUUUUUCUUAGCCUUCUCUGUAGCCCCAGUGGAGUUAGAAUUGAGAACGAUGGCGGAUACGUUGAUGUUCUGGCGUCAAUCCACGAAGACGUAAAAGAAAAUGAGACUAUCGUAACAAACCUUAAGGUCCUGCUAAGGUCAUGGUCUUCGUUCCUUCGUCACGCUACUGGUGGCCUCGUGUACAUAAAGCAAGUCUAUAUCCGGUUCCCGAAAACGUGGGAACUACGCAGCGGAGCCCGAAAUGAGCCUUACUCUCCCUUCGCAAAGAGUGAUCUCCGUGUCCAAAAUCUCCAAACAGAUAAAGAGCCAGAUCAAUUCAGUACGAAGCUUCGCAAAAUGUGCGGAUACCGUGGGGACUUCAUGCGUUUGUCAUCCCGAGUACUAGAGGAGCUCAACACGGCCAAGGACUUAAAAAGCGCAACAUACAGACUCGUGCACGAGUGGGCACAUUACCGGUAUGGAGUUUUUUAUGAGUACGGACGCCUCGGUAGUACGGAAUAUCCUAUGACGUACUGCAAGAAAUUCUCUCUGGGAAACUUCAUACUUAAUGGAUGCUCCGAAAAGAUUGACUAUUCCCUUACUUUUAGAGGUGAAGAAUGCAAAAUUGACAACUAUUGUCAUCUCCGAGGGUCAUGCGACAUCGAAUAUUCGCUGCCAAGAAGUGGCGUCUUAGAAUCGUCAAUCAUGUUCUUACCAUAUUCGGAGAAGAUAACUCAUUUUUGUAGCUCAGGAAAUAGAAACCGUGAACAUAACAUACAUGCACCUAACAUGCACAACAGGCUAUGCCGCCAAAAACCUACCUGGGACAUCAUUAAAGACAACAAGGACUUCAAAGGGCUACGUCCACUCAACAUGGGUAAAAAAAUCGAAGUGGAUAUUGUAGAAAUCCAGCAAAAACCUGGCAUGGCCGUAUCAGCUGUCCUGGCACUGGAUGUUUCUACCAGCAUGCAUGACUACCAGCGACUAGAAACAGUAAAAGAGGCCGUUGACCGCUUCCUGUGGUGUUUACGCGACAACAUAGUCACUCUCGCUAUCGUCACGUUCAGCACUACCGCGGAGGUGCGUCACCCCAUGGUUGUUGUGAAUGAAACAACUCUAAAAGGCUUUCAAGAUGUUGUGAGGGAACUGCAGCCAUCUGGCUAUACCUGCAUUGGGUGUGCUCUGAAACUCUCUUUGGAGGUGCUGAAGUCUUCCAAGCAGAAUGCAGACGCUUCGCUUAUCGUGCUUUUGACUGACGGCCAAGAGAAUCAGCAACCGUCUAUUGAAGAAGUCUCGCCGGAACUGUCAGAUACAGGCAUCGCAGUUCGGACUAUGGCGAUGGGUGACGAAGCUGAAGAAACACUUGAGGAAUUGGCAGCAGCAACGAAAGGGAAAAGCUACUUUUUCCCGGACCGUAUCAAUAAUCCAUCGAGGGCCUACAUUGAAGUUCUCACAAGUCACGCCCACAAGUCGACGCACCAUUUGUCGGGACUCACCACUUUCAACGAAACCGCGAAAGCUGCCGCCAUGGUGCCCAUUGAGGGCCGGGAUGACACUACUAGCCUCUAUGACAGAAACUUCAUGCCGCCGUUAGCAGCGAUCAAGGCCAACGCAGAAAUGUCUUAUGGUGACGCGCCAAACCAUCUGCGCGACCUGGGUGUGGCCGAACGAGCGGAAAUCUUCGAUCCUGCUAACAGCGAGUGCUUCCAACAACUCGGACACGAUUUGAGCAUUAUUAUGCAGAUGGCCUUUGUGGAUUCCAUCAACGCAGACGUGAACGACAGCCUUAACAUGAUCACUGUGAUGUUAACGACAAAGAACUUUACUCGAACUCUCGAAGAAACAUUCAUGCUUGAUGGUGACUUGGGAAGCAACACAGUCAUUAUUGUUGCCCGCUUAUCUCCUGGAAGCAGCUCACUCUCGACGCUGCUUGUUGACCCAACUGGACAAAGUUGUAAGAACUGCCAAGAAGAGGACCGUGGUCUCCGAAAAACAGUCACUAUUCCAAGUCCUGCAACGCCUGGUGCAUGGAUUGUUCGAGUGUUGAGCUCAAGCGAAGAACAAGUUAUGGUCAACAUCAUGGUCAUGUCUCAAGCCAGAGACCUCAAGCAAGAGCCGAUAGUGGUUACGUGCGAAAUGUCGGAUCAGGUGGUUAGUACGCCCGAGGAAGCGAUCAUAUUAGCUGACCUUAGGAAAGGCGAGAAGGUUGUCCUCGACGCAACCGUAACAGCGAUGGUCGUAAGCCAGACGGACCUUAGCUGCCCUGUUCAAUUGCGUGACGACGGUAAAGAUCCAGACAUCUUCGCAAAUGAUGGCACGUACAGUGCCUACUUCACGCGCUUCACGGGCGGAAGCAGGUAUUCGGUCAUGGCCUACGUUUAUGGGGGCAAGAAGACCAAACAUGCCUACCGAAGGCUAGGCUUCCCAUAUGAAGAAAAUAUCACUUUUGUGAAUAACCCAGUCGGAAUUUCGACUAAGCCAAGCACCUACAAACUGCUGCCGACAAAUUACGUCCCAACCGAUACCCUCUUGCAAGACUUUGAGCGCACACCUCCAUUUCAAAGGGUCGCAAGUGGGGCUUCUUUCAAGGUCAAAAAUAGCUUGGUGGAGACGGAUGUUCCGCCAGGUUGUAUCUGGGACCUUAAGACUGCUGGUGGGCACGUGGAGUUGGACAGAACGCCGAUCGUCACGCUUACAUGGACCUGGCCUGGGGCGCGAAUGACAGAUGGAAAAGCUGCUGCACUGGAGCUCCGAGGUGGCACCGACGAAGACAGGGUCUUUUCAGACUUCGACAGCCAGGAGCUGAUGUCGAGCGUCGUCGAUGGCAACCUCGAACCCCUUCCCGCCGGCUCCAAACACAUGGUCACCAUCAGCCUGCCGCGUCGCUGGGAGACGGCGCCCCGUAGCGACGACAGCUUCUACCUGACGGCGUACUUGGCAGCGCGAGUUGUUAAUGCUGAUGGACUGAAGUCGAAAAGGUCCAACGUCGUUCGAGUGAUGUUCGAAAUUGAAAACAUUACCACCUCAUUACCGCGUGCGGUGAGUGACAGAGUGACAACCGUAACAUCGACCUGUAUCAAGCCAGCUCAAGAUCAGGCAAUAACCCCCACCGCAGAGGUGGGAAACGAGAGAGAGAAGGACAAAACAUCGGUCUACAUCUGGAUCGUGCUACUGGCGGUAGCCGCAGUCGUUUUCAUGUCCAUCUCGAUUAUGCUGUUGCUAAAGAGCAGGUCGAACAACCUUCAAGAAAAUGAGGAAAACACCAUGAAGACUCAAACAACGACCAUGGAAAGCAGCUGGCUCGGCCCGUGGCCGCCCUGGGAAAAUUAAAGCAUUAGGCACACCAGGCAA